GUAAGCAAUCAAAAUUACGGAUGCGACCACAGUGACGACGAGCUACAAGAACCACAACAAUUGCGUAAAAAAACCGUUGCAGUCUUGACAGACUCCAUGGGUAAACAAGUAAUUCGAAUAAAUCUAAGGGGCUUUGUAUAAUGAAAAAAAUUAGUUAAAAUUGCAUAACAUACUCUCUUAUUAAUAUCGCAUAAUCUUAUUUGAGAUUAGCAUUUGUAUUUAACCUGUAGUUAAACUGCAUUACCUUAAAAUAAUCUCUAUUCUUUUCAAUUUUACUUAUUAUUUCUAACUUGUCUUGCACACAUGUAUUUUAGAUUUGAUCCCGUUUCACAAAAAUUAUCAUUUCAAUUUACAACAAGCAGACGAGUUCUCCUUUCUGCUAUUUCUGUACAUAUUGUUUUUUCAUACAUAGUGGUUCUUUGUUAUUUGAUCACGUGUUUCACGUGUUUUAUCUUUUAAUCAGUAUUUAAUUUGAAAAAUUUUGCGACUUUAUCAGAAAUUCAUCAAUUAAUCGACUUCAUGUCGUUUGAUCCUCAAUAUCGUCAGCAUUAUGGUCCCUCUUAGUGUAACAACGGUUAACAAUUAAUGAAUCCAUACACAACAGCUGAUCUUUAUCGUAACGCUUAUCAAGCGUUAAAUUCAUUUGAUCAAACUCAUUUAUGUUAAGUACCAGCUAAUCGUAAUUUAAAUUAUAAUUAUAUUCCAGUUCCUUCUCGUCAAAAUCUGUUAUCUGUUAAUUCACCGAGUAACUCUCCUAUGCAUCAACCUCGAGAAGACUCCGAUAAUGAUGAUCAUACUCAAGAUUUUGAUAAAGAUCCAACAGUUCGGACGGUGGAAUAUCAAGCUCAGAGAUAUGUUCAACCUCGUUAUGCGUUGUCCCCGUUUGUUAUUCAAUUUGCAACUAAACAAAUUAGGGAUCAACAGGCGGCAGGGGAGUUAACGAAUCAUACGAAAGUCACAAUUUUGCUAUGGAUGGAUAUUACUGGCUUUCGGACAUCAAGCAAAAUGUCAGAAAAACGAAUAUGA